UGGAUAAGGUUGUAUAUGAAUCAUUGUCUUUCCCUUACUUUAUAUUGUUGUUUUUUCUUCAACUUUCUGGAUUGCAUUUUGUCUACAGCCAAUCAAGUGAAACUGUUAUCUAUGGAAAGGAGGGAGGAACAAUAAAAUUGAUUUGCCCAUUAUCAUCGGACAUAGAUGGACGAACGAGUUGGAGUGGACCACCCUCUUUGAAAACCUACUUUUAUGAUGAGGAGAAAAACCCUAAUUUAUCCAGAGGAGAGCGUGUUUCGGUGGUAAGGAACAUGGAGACAGGAGGAUACGACCUGAAGAUAACAGGACUCACCAGAGAAGAGGACGUGGGGCUGUACUCGUGUGUUGUUCACAUACAACAACAUAAAAUUUAUCUAAAAUUAUAUUUGCCUCCCUCCAGCAUAGACAUUGACUCCUACAAUGUAAAUGGUACCUUAAGAGUCAAUGGAACAGAGGGCUCUCCUUCGAAUCUAUCAUGUAAGUCGCCGGGCGGUGAUCCUCCAGCCAACGUUUCUUGGUAUAAAGGAUCUGCAUUAUUAUCUAGUGGUAUUAAUAAGACAGUAUACAGCUUUAUUCUUACAAGAGACGAUGAUCUACAGAACUACACAUGCACUGCAUACAAUCCAGCUUUAUCAAAGCCAAUGAGAGUAAAUGUUGUGAUAUUCCUAAACUUAAGACCGGAUAUCCCGGAAAUUUCUCAGAUUCCAUUAACAAAGGAGAACACUCAGAUAAUGGUCACGUGCUCAUCCUCUGGGGGACGUCCUCCUGCCUCACUCUGGUGGAUAUUCCGGGGAACGUACUUAAAAUCAACUUACGUUUCCACUAUGAUCGACCCUUUAACUCAAACUUACACUGUGAAAACAAUGUUAAACAUUACAGUCAACAAAGAGGACAACGAAAAGAACAUAAUAUGUAUGGCAAAUAACUCUGUUGUGCCUACUGGACUUCAGUCAUCUCAGAGGUUAAAGGUGCAAUAUGUACCUAGAAUUCGAGUUUUUAAAAUUCAAGGCGUACCAGCAGUCAACGAAUCAGCGCCCUUUUCAGUGAUUUGCUCUGUCGAUAGCCCAGGUUUCACAAACAUAUCCAUCUGGAAUCAGAAUACCAAUAAGACUGUCGUCAGCAGUAGUUCCUUUAUCAACAUCUUGAACUUCACAGAAAAAUCAGCUGGAUGUUUUUAUACAGCGCCGUAUAUAUGUACAGCAAAAAAUACUUUAGGGUAUACUGCAUCGGAUCCGAUACAUAUAUAUAUUAACUGUGGACCAAGAUCCCUGGAUGGCUUAUACUUUCUACGAGUUGCUGUUCCGGUAAAUAACAAGCUAGAAAUCUCAGCAAAUUAUCUCUCAUACCCUACUCCAUCUUUUCAAUGGAGCUUCCGACAAACAAGUACCUCACCGGAAGUUCCUUUGUCCAGUGAUUUUCAAACGACCAGCACAAGUGAAAAUAUUUCUUCAUUUACUGUGCAUUUGAAAAAGACAAACCUAGAAGAAGAAGAAUUUGGUUAUUAUACUGUGAGGGUAGCCAAUGAUUAUGGAUCGUUUAUGACAACUUUCUACAUUACUCCUGAAGGGGACGCCAAAUCACAGCAGAGCUCGUGCAAAUCUUCUUCAAAAGUGUCCUCCGCCCUUUUUCCUGCAUUGACAUCAAUCUCCACUGUUUUCUUCGUCGUCUGUGUUGGACUUGUAUUUUUUAUCAUCCUCAAUAGGAGAUAUGAUGGAAAAGAUACAUGCUGUUUCAAAAGACCUGUAAAUGAAGAUUACGUAAUGCAAGACGUCACAAGGAUAGAAGAUCAUCAAUACCAGGACAUCGGUGCGGUUAAAAAGGAUGAAUAUCUCAAAACGCAUUGAAGGUUGACUGAUUUUCUGAAGAGCACUGAAGACCAUAAAGCAUGAUUGAUUUACAACUAAAUACAACUCGGGGACAAAACCAUAUGUAAUAUAAGUUGUACUAACUGAACUAUGUCCGACAGAAAAUACUCUAAUUAAAAAUAAAUAAUUUUGAAACUUUCCAUACAUUGACACAGUCUUGUCCUUAUUUUUUUUA